AGGUACCUUGAAGAAUACAAUUGUGGAUUUCUGGAGGAUGAUUUGGGAACAAAAAGUGUCUUCAAUUGUGAUGUUGGCAAACCCUAUUGAAAAGGGCAGAGUAAGUAUAAAAAGCGCAUAUAUGAAUUGGUCAAGCCGUAUAUAAAAUAAAUCGUUUUAAAGAGGCAAUGUCCAUAAAUAUAUAACGAUUAACAACAAAAUGAAUGUGCGAUAAAGUGAUUUUAAUGACGAAUUUAUUUGUUGAAUGUAUUUACUGCUUUUAUUAACUGUAACUAAUCGGUUUCCUCAUCCCCACAGGAAAAACUUGCUGUGUAUUGGCCACAAGACCGAGCAGUGAAACAUGGUCCAUUUAUGAUAAAACUGGAUGGCGAGGUGGAACUGGCUGAUUACGUUAUUCGUAAAAUGACAGUUACACAGGUAUGUAUUUGACAUCAUCGCCAUUUUUUUAUUUCUUGAACAAUACGACUGUUUAUGUACUAUUUAAAUAUAUCUGAUAAUUAUAUCUGAUAAAGCACGGACUGCGAGGGUUUUAAAUGGCUUUAAAAACGACCCAUCUGAUUGGUAUAUUAGCGAAGUAAUUUUUAAAAUAAACUUUGUCUAAGCCGAGAAAAUCAAAGCUAAAGUUUAUGUAAAUUAACAUGAUUUUUUAUCACAUAUAAAACCACCGACACGGCAGUGAUUUCCUUUGUCUUUUCUAAUUUGCUUCAUGAAUUAUUGAGUUUUUUAAAAUUUAAAUACAUAUAUGUUCUAAUAAUAUUCAGUGGCGUAGCCAGCCAGACAAUUUAGUCCCACUAUGCAAAUUCAAAAUUAUUAUCAUUAUUCAUUUCUUUAGAAAUUGAUUCUUUUCACAGUCAAUGAACACGAAAAUAUUUGCAUAGCGGGACUAAUUCGUCGGGCUGGCUACGCUACUGAUAAUAUACAUGAUGAAUUACUCAAUUUUGAAGAGCGGUGCGACCAGCCAAUAAAAAGAUAUUUAAUUUAUUUAAUUUAAAUAAAGUUUUGACAUUUGAAAACUUUUAUUUACUGUAUAGUUGUGCAUGCCAUUCAAGUGCGUAUGCAAGUGACCAUGCAUGCAAGUGGUCAUGAAUUUGGUCCUGAAUAAUUUUUUCAUGUAUAUUAUUAAUAACAGUAUGAUUUCUCGUGCAAUUUGGAAAAGGAUACACUCAUGAGACUUCAAAAUUACAAUCAUUCUUUGGUCUCGCCGUUUGAUCGUCUUUGAAAAACUCGUAAAUGUUUUUCCAGAUUGCACUCAAAACCAUCAUUCUUUGUUUUCAUAAUUGAUAUUGUCAAAUUUUAUUAUUAGUCAUUUUAUCUUACAUUGAUACAUUAGUACUCUGACCUAAAAUGAUUAUUUGUUGUUAACUUGGAAAAUAAAAAUAACAUAUUUUAACAUUUUUUUUUUUUUGUUGCAAGGAUGAUAUCAAAGAAACACGUCAACUCACUCAGUUCCAUUACACAGUAUGGCCUGAUCACGGUGUACCUCUGUACACGACAUCUCUUCAAGCAUUUUUAACCCGAAUACGAAAGAUCGUAAAAGACGAUAGUAAUCCUUUGGUUGUCCAUUGUAGGUGAGUAUUAUAAUAGCCGUUUGUUCAAAAGCCAUUUCUGGCUUAUUUAAUGAAGAAGCUCGAAAGUACAAUCGCAUAUACUUUCACUGUAAACGCUACUGGAACACGUAAAGCUGUGUUUACACUCUAUAUAAGAACUGCAUGCCAUUUACAUAUAAGAAGUACCUAUAGCUGAGGAAAAGUAAAUACUAUGUUUAUAUUAGAUAAUAUACUAAAACUGUCUGUACCAGUGUAGGUAGUACCAAUGUGAAAAUGCUGUGCUGAGUGGUUGUAUUACUACCUUAAAAAACAAGCAGAAACUCGACGUUUCGAGCGAAGUCCCUUCGUCAACAAUUAACUCUUGACGCAGGCCUUCGCUCGAAACGUCGAGUUUCUGCUUGUUUUUUAAGGUAGUAAUAUAAUCACUCGGCACAGCAUUUUUAUAUCAGAUAACCCAGCCAAAACUUCGAGUCCUACAAAUUGUUCUUGGGUCUGCGAUAUGCAAUACCUACUGCGGACCUAUACGACCAGCUGAAUUGCGGACUAUCUAGGUUUUAUACAGGGCUUGAAAUUUUCGGUUGGUCCUAUAUAGAUCAGUCGUAUGUUAGUCUUACCGGACUGAUAAAAUUGUUGUAUUUUGAAAUAAUUUUACGAUACAAGGUAAGGUGCUGAAGUUUUGCAAUUUUUUUCUGAAUGCAAAUCCGACGUCUAUCCAAAGUCUAUCCAUAUGCAUGCAUUCUUUACACGUUUGUCUUAAUUCAAAGUUUGUUCUGUUCUGCCGGCUGUCUCGUGACAUUCUAUUUGUUAAAAUGUCGAGAUUUUUGGGCAUCUCCCUCGAUAGAUCGGAAUCGACCACAAGUUCGAUCCCUGGCAGAGGAACAGUUGUAUUUUCCUCAGCUGCUCCUGGUUAGGUCUAAAAUUAUAUAUAAUUCUCUGCUCAAAAUUUCCAUCUACAAAAUAAAUCUUCAGCUAUUAUUUUUUUGCUCUAUUUUAGUGCUGGCGUCGGUCGAACUGGGACUUUCAUUGGAAUAUUUGCAAUGUUGGAUAUGAUUGAAUCAACGCAAACAGUGGAUAUUUUCAAUUUUGUUUGUCAAAUGCGUGCACAGAGGACGCACAUGGUCCAAGUUGAGGUUGGUCAUCGUCUUCACAUUUAUUUAUUAUUGAUUCAACAUGUUUAUCGGCAUGAAACUUGAUUGACUGAUGAGAUGAGAUAGCUUUAGUUGUCUAAGGAAUGUUGGAAUCAGUUGUAGUGUUUGUAUAUGAGGUUCUGGUUGUUACUCCUAGUUUCAGCAUGCUCAUUAAAUGUUAAAUGUUAGACCUAUUAGAAGACCUAUACUUUAUAGUUUAUGCACGUAUCGUAAAGAUCCAGUGCACCUUGAGUCUAAGUUUAUAGCAGCUCAGAUACGCGGCAAUAAUAAUUGAAGACCUGCAUUUACGUACUUUAGAUGUUUUUAAGGACGAGUUAAAGUUAAAGCAAUAUUAUAAUUAAGAAAUAGAAGACGAGUCGUGUGCGUUUUUGAGGUGAUAAUGUACGAGGGGAAUGUUGGAAGAAUACGAGAGAAAUGUGUGAAGCACGAGGGGUAGCCGAGUGUUUUAGACACUUUUCACUGUCGGUGAAUAUUGCAUGCAAGAAUAUUCCUUGCACUAUUCAUCUCCACUUCGGUGAAUAAUUCUUAAAUAAAUUUUACUAUUGUGUAUAUAAUUCGUCCCUGUGCCUUUGUAUUUUUUUAGUCUCAAUACGUCUUUCUCCACAAAGCUGUGCUGGAAGCAAUUGAAUGUGGCGAUACUGAAAUUAACGCUCCAGAUCUUCGUGUGAAAAUGAUAAAAUUGAAUCGAGCCGAUCCCGACAAUCCGGAUGACAUUAUGAUGGGCACGCAGUUUAAGGUAUACUAGAACCUUUAUUAUUUUAGAGGUUCAUAUUUGACUUCCACUACCACUUCUUCCCAAUUGAGUUAGCACGUAUAUGAUUGGUCAAUCGGUUAUAUCAAACUCGUCUUAUUGGUUAAUGGUCCCACAAUGGUAGGGGUAGAGGUAGUGAAUGUCAAGUCUGAACCUUUCUGCUGUAUAACCAGCGACUAUUGGUUAAAAAGACCCCGUAUUAAAUUAAUUUUGUUGCAUGUGACUAUGACGAUAAUAAACAAAUAUAAAUUCUUCGAAGCUUGGCCAUCAUUCUGUUCAAAUAUUCCACUUAGCCUGAUUUUAAUACGUCCACGUUUGAUGGUAUAUUUAAAUUUGAACAUUAUACUUUUAAAGUGUAGACAUUAGUAUGGUUUCGAGUACAGUUUGGAAAAAAAACAAGCACGAGUGAGUUUUUCAAGUCGGCAAGAAUAAACGUCUUCGAAAGCUCACGAGUGUGUGUUUUUCCAAAUUGCACUCCUAAACCAUUCUAUCACCUAUACUAACAGCAUACAUGAAAAAAGUACACGCUUCAAUAACACCUGCGUAUUCACCUGCGCCGUUUAUUUCAUUUCUCAUGUUAGCAAAUUUUUCCAGGCCUAUAAUUAAGUUGUUGUAUUAAUAUUAGUUUAGGGUGUACAAAAACUUGUCAAAAAUUGUAAUGAAAAGUCUAUGACUUGUAAAUUUAUAACGUUGCGCGUUUAUAAUGUUGAAAACAUGUUUGUCGUAUUGCGGUGUUUUGGGUGCCAAUUAUACUACGUUAUUUUAAUUUAAGGUUCUCGAGAAAUAUACAUUUGUCAAGUCGAACACAGAAGAAGGCAAGAAGUCUUUCAAUGUUGACAAAAAUCGCAAUAAAGAUAUUUUACCUUGUAAGUGCUGUUUUGUGAUAUUUUUGACAAUCUAACAUUAUUAUCCGAAUUUGGGAAUUUGCAAUUUAAUCAAUGUUUUAGUACAUGUUUGUUUUUAAUUUUAUCCUUUUAUCCGAAUCGUAUAGUCUUAUUGUAAAAUCCCUACGCUGUUACUGCAAUUUAUAGCCCCUUUAACUAUUCCUUGUUCGAGUUUCUAAACAAAUCGAUAUUAAUCAUUGCCCCAAUGCAACAAUUAUUAAAAUAGCGUGACAAAAAAAACGAUAUAAAGGCACAAGUAUGUGAUAAAUAUAUUUAUGUAAGGCCCAAGUAUGUGUAAGAUAUCGUUCACGAAACUGAUAAACACACUUUGUAGUAUUUUUGUUCAAAUCUAGAGCUUUUCAUUAUUGUUCGGAAUAUCAUUCGUUACAUGCUAUAAAUAUGUCCAUUUACUUUAGACGAAGACACCCGAGUAUCUCUUCUUAAGAGUCCUGGAGUUGAUGGCUCAGAUUACAUAAACGCCAGUAGUAUUGAUGUAAGUGUACACAUUCAUUAUACUUGCCGGAGUUCCCUAUUUAUAUGUGCUGAAAUCAUUUUAAAUUUAUCACAUAUUGGGUACCCACCGUAUAAACGUUUGUACUUUUUGUUUUAAUUAAAUUUAUGAAUAUAACCGCUGAGAGCUUCACCUUUUGCAAUGUGCAGUGCAAUUUUGGUAUUAACGUUACGAUAGUUUUACAAUUCAUGGCCCAAUGAAGCCAGUUUUUGGUUGUUUAAUACAGAGUUUAAGUACAGUACGCGGAAGUUAAUCGAGCAGUUAUGGAUGACGUCAAUAGUUCUUGCUUGAAAUCAAGAAGGGCAUUCAAUGCAGUUUCACGUUCGUCUUUUCAAAAACGUAGCUUGCAUAUCUAAUGUCAUUAUUUAUGAUUUACUCAUUACGCGUUUUGAUUAUUAAUUAACACGAAAACUUCAUUUUAAAAAUAUUUCAUACAACAAGACUACGAUAAUUUAGUUAUGAAUGUUAAACCAUUGUAUAUAUCGUUUCCUUUAUUUUUUUUCCGCAGAGCUAUCAAGUACGAGGAAUGUACAUUGCCACACAAUUCCCACUUGAAAAUACAGUCAAUGAAUUCUGGAGAAUGAUGUGGGAAAAGAAAUCCAACUGUAUCGUUAUGUUGGCCAAUGACGACGAAAACCCUGUAAGAAACUUCUAUAGUAUAGACUUUAUGCAUAUGUUGUUCCAUUAAGGCCAUUGCGAUUUCUUCUUCUGAUGUAUGCGAAUUAGUAGAUGAGUUUUUGCAUAAAUGAAGAUCCGCUCUGGCAAGCCAAUGGCGGCUAUAUUGCUGGGUUUCAGUCACAUGGAGUUAACUCCAAAUGGAGUUAAAUAUUCAUUAUAACUAUAGAUCUUGUGUUUGAUAUCAAAUAUAUCCAAUUUAACCAAAUUUACUUGCUUACACAAGGCAUAAAGCGGCCACAAGUGUAAAGUUGACCACCAAGCGUUUCUCUAUGUAUUAAGUCCCAUAUACAGACCGAACACGAUUCGGCAACGCGAUGCGAAUUUUCAGUUUUUAAAAACAAAUAAAACCGUCAACGGAUUAAAAUUUUACAAGAUAUCAGACCAAAUAGCUAAAAUUGCUUAAGUGGUUCCAAAUAUUUGAAAAACAUAGAAAAACAUUAAAAGUUAAAUGUCAUUGAAAAUUCUCGUCGCGUUGCCGAAUCGCGUCCGCUCUGUAUGGACCUUAAGGCUUCCUAUUGGCGUGACCACCUCAAAUCUACUGUGGUUUUGCUGACUUGUUACAAAAGGUUCUAACAGUUUCUCGUUAUUGUUGGGAAAGGACACGUAUUGUCUAGAUAGAAAUUUAUCAAAAAUGGCCUCUCUUUCGUUUUAAAAUUUCUGGUCUAAUUAUCUAGCGUAUGAAAGUUCUAAAAUAGGUGCGAGAAGCUACAACUUUCAAGCUACACAGUCCAAGGCAUUUUCUUGAUAGUUAAACGAAUUUAAACAGCUAUAACAAUUCGAUAGGUGAAUAACUUUACAAGAUUUUAAAAUCUCUGUAUAAAUGCUCUGACUUCAAAAUUGGUUCAUUGAGUUUCAUAAGGAUACUCUAACCAGUCCUAUUUUUCAGGUCAGUGGAGUAUAUGUAUACCCUCAUCUGAACAUUCAUAACUCAUUUGCUCGUUCACAUCCAUCAGAAGAAGAAAUAGCACCCGAAAUUUCGUCAAAAAAUUGCGGUGUGAUUUUCGUCUUCUGAAGGGUGUGAACAAGUGGAUGAGUUAUGAUUGUUCAGAUGUGGGUACAUAAUUACUAAGAUCAUGCAUAACUCGUCUACUGGUUUACACGCAGCAGAAGAAGAAAAUCGCACUAUAGAAAUCGCAGCAAAAAUUGCAUAUGUAAACGGGCCUUUAGUUUCCAGUACAACACCGUACUUGCACUUAUCCCAUCGAAGUAUAAAUCGUUUUCCACAUUGGUCUUUGUUAUAUAAAAAUGUGUAAUCUACGAAAUAAAAAUAUAUUCUAUAGGACUUGUUCAAGAAAUAUUGGACGGAUAAAAGCAAUGAUGCAAUGCUUUGCGGUAACCUCCUGGUCACUUUGGAUAACGAAGAAAAAAAUGAAGAGUUCGUGAUAAGAAAUUUUAAAUUGAAGAAAAACGAGGUAAGUUAUUAGUGGCAUGUUUGCGAGUGCACCUGAGCUAAAAUGGAAGCUCAGGCUGCCAGUGCGGUUAGCGAAAUUCCCCGCAGUUACGCGCUGCACAGACUUGAUAUUCUUAAAACUCGCGUAAGUGUAGCUGUGAAUGAUUCUAUAGUUAGCUGUUUCACUAGAAACUAACUAUUGCCCGUUAGCUGUGCUUUCAUUUGUGUCCUAUGAUGGCAGUUAGGGGCGCCCUAGAAAUCCAUAGAGGUAAUCGUGACUGUAUUGCUUCCAUUGUCAUUGAGAUUUAUAGGUGCGAUAAAGGACGAUCAGCACAAUAAGAGAUUUAUUAUUUUGAGAAUGUUUGCGCAUGCAUAUUAACACUAUAUAGUUAUUAUGUUUUGCUAAUUAAGUAUAUGUCUAGUAUAUAUUUAUGCAAUCAAGUGAAUUUAAUUUCCAAAGGAGUUAAGCGUGUGUUUUUAAAAGUCUAAAAAUCCAAUAACUUUGCCGGGUUUGUUAUUGAAUUGGGUUAGACGAGCAGAUAAAGUCCGAAAUAGGUGAAAAGCACGAGAAUUCUUAAGUUAUAUAUCGCUUCUUUAACGCAAAACCAAAGCGGGUUGUCGGGCGUAGCAACCGUAAACAUGGAUUGUUGGAACUAUGAAUUAUACAUACUGUGUAUGCAAGUCCUUGUCCUUCAAAUGGUUAUAGAGGUCGAGGGUUUGACAACCUUAUUUAAUUGAAUUCGCUGUAUACAUUGUUCUGGGUCUGUAGGGUGGAGAAACAAGAGACAUCUGGCAUUUCAAUUUCCUCUCGUGGACUGAAGACCAGGUUCCAAAGACCACGGAGGGCAUUCGUCAAAUGAUCGGGAAAAUUCAAGAUGUACAACGUCAAGGUGGCAACAAUCCCAUUGUCGUACAUUGCAGGUAUGUUGGUUAUUUUAAUUUGCACUGUUAACCCCCUCCAGGACAGACUGGCAAGUUUUCCUCGACAAGUGUUCCUUGACAAGUUUUACUCGUUUUUGGGUACGGCAAAAAUUGACAAUUUUUUCUAGUCAUGGCAGUUUUCAAGAAUAAAAAUUGGUCGUGGGUACGGCUGUCAAGGAAAACAAGUAAUUUCGCAGUACGUCACUAACGCACUCGUCUUCGAGCCGCUAUUGCCAAUGAAUCUUGUUUAUUAAUAUAUUCGCUUUUGAAGUCUUGUAUCGCAGACAGUUUCUGCUGUUUUCAAUUUUGUUGGAAGCAGUCGUGAAAGAAAAUUAUGAAAUUGUUUACAUAGAUAGCUUAAAUAACAUGGGCUCGUAAAACUUGUCAAGGAAAAGAAUCAUCGAAAAAACUGUCCGUCGUACACAAGAGUAAGUAAACUCGUCAUCCAGUAAAAUGUACUCUUACGGUGCUUUAAGAUCUUUAUACAGUCCUUACUACUUUUAAGUAUGUGUGUACUGUGAAUGGUUUUGAAAUUCUUCCCCAAGCAAAUUCACAAGCUAUACAUGAGGGUCUGUAAGACCAUUUCUAAUUGGCAUUCAUAUGCUGGCUCAGUUUCCUUUGAUGACGAAUGAAUAUUAAACUUCUGUCUCUGGCUUCUAUAUGCUGACCCAUGCAUAGAGUUCAAAUUUAACCCGUUGUUUGGUUUUUAUAUUUCUAUACAGAAAAGAAAAAAUCUUCCAUUGAUCCAGACAAGAGUUCUGGAAAAAAGUUUUACGUUAAAUACGAUUAAGCUAUUCUUCGAACAACUACUCCAGUUGUAUGUUGUCCAAAUCUAGGUAACCCAUCGUUCAAACACAAGGUACAGCAAUGUACGACAAGAAAGACGUAAUUUCAGGUGUUUCGUUGUUUAGUUUAUAGAUUUAACCAGCAUUUUAUAAUGUUUAAAAGAAAUUUUAAAUUUUGAUUAAUCAAUUUUUUAAGCGGCGCUAGGCGCGCAUGGCUAAAUAGCAACAACAUUAUUAAUAGCCAAGCUAAUCCAACGUUACUUAUGCAUGUAAGCUGAGUGUAUUGCUUUUAUUAAAACAGGUCAUUCAUUCACUUUUGCAUGCAUGCAUAGCAGUGUUGCCAUCCACUCAUGAUAAAGGGAUCAGAAUGAUCUUUUCAUUGUUUUGCAAAUCCCACUUUUCUCCAUGCCUCCCAGUCACUUUUUCUUUUGACUUGAUUCUUCCUAGUCAUAAAAGCUAAAGGCAGAUGCAUGCAUAACUUACUACUUUGCAAUAAAUUUAUUUGCCAUCUUCAUCGUCUUUAAUAUUGUGUUUAGCGAUGGUAGUGGUCGAACUGGUGCUUUUUGUGCAUUGGUGACCUCCUUGGAAAGAGUAAAACAAGAUCAGUCAUUCAAUCUAUUCCAAACAAUCAUGCUACAGCGAAUUCAGAGACCAAGAAUGGUUGCUUCUGUCGUAAGUAACUUUUAUCAACUCCUGCCACAUUAGCUUUAUUCAGAUCUGCAAAAUUACGAAAAUGCGACUAAUCCCAAAUAUGAUAUUUUGUAUGUGAAAUAUUUCUACUUCUUUCAAAAAACCUCCUACUCUAAUUUCUAUUGGAAACCCUGCUUAUAAGUGAUAUAAAUAUUUCAUGUGAACCAGUACUUGACAACUUUAGCUUUACCGCGCCUUCGAUCUUUAUCGCCAGCAAUUUCCAUAGAUAACGGUUUGUAAUUCUAUUUUCCCUUUUAGGAACAGUACAAAUUCUGUUUCCAAGCUAUUCUGGACUUCCUGGAUUCCUUUGAUCAAUAUGCCAACUUCCAAGACCUCCGACAGUAAUACAAGAGUAAUAAAUGUGUUCAAUAGUUAAGAUAAACCAUUAGGACACUCUACUUUUCUCGUAUCACGUCUCUUUUUUUAAUGCAUUUAGUCGCACCAGCAGAUGCGUAUACAUGACACCGUUGAACGUCGUUAAGUUUUCGCAUUUUAGGACUUGAUAAUAACAAAUCCGUAAUAAUAUUGGAGGAUUCUUAAAACGGCAUGAGACUUAAUUCACACUAUAGUUUUUUCCCAGGACUUUCCAACUACUAAUUUGAAUAGAGCAUUUCACUACGUUACCACAAGCAAUGAUCCUUUGUCAUUAUUUCCAUUUUGGAAACAGUCUGCAUUUUGUUGAGUUUUGAAAAUUCAUUUUCAUCAUUCGAAAUUUUUAAAUGUUUUAUCAUUCUUUGAUAAAGCUCUUGCUUAUACCUCACACUACAUAUGUCGGUUUGGAAAGUGGAUAAAAUUGCAUUACUAAAACAAAUUAUUUGAAACGUGCGUGUUAAAACAUGUUUUAUGAGUCCACGGCGAUGCUAUUUUUCAUUGCAUCAAAUUAUGCGCACAUUACAUUUUACAUAAAUGGCAUUAGAAUAUCUUGGUAUUUCAGUUUUUAGUAGUUACCUUCCGCAUUCGUUAACUUCGGUAACACCAAGAAUUUCAAAAGGAAGGGAAUGGGAAAGAGUCUAAUUGAAUUAGACUAAAAUACGAAUGUAACACAUGCACCUUAAUCCUUCACAAUACAUCCAAUGCACACAAUUUACAUUAUUUAUGCACGAUAUAACCAAGUUAUAACUAAUUACUUAUAAUGUUCAACAUAGAUGUAUUUACUCGUUAUUGAACUUCUCGAAUUGGAAAACAGAGACAUUGAGCCUAAAUUCCAUCAUCGUAUACGAUUUCACAAGCCAUGUAUUGGAAAUAACGAGACUGUAUCACUCGAAAAAGUUCUCUACGUCCAGACGCCAGACGAUUUCUGCGCAAAAUCGAUCACUAAAUAUUCGUGCAAUUUGAAAGAUCCCAAAAAUCAAUGCAACAACUCAUUUACUCGCUCAUUCAGAUGAGAACAAAUGAAAACACAUUGCAAAAAAUAAGAAACUUGAAAAUCCCACGUCUACGAAAUAUUGAUAAUCAAGACCUGAAGAUUGAUGACAUCGGGUCAUACUUUUCCUGAGGUCAGUCUUAAAGUCCAUAAUAACAAAGUCUCUUGUAAUUUUCACGGAGUGAUACACCCCCGUUAAGUGUUCGGUUAUACUGUUAAUAAUUAAUGUCUAAUUUAAUGUAAUCUUUAAUUGGCUAAUGUAAUGAUUUUAAUGCAUAAAACUAUUUUGUUUGAAUACUAAUAUUUGAGUUAGAAUAAUAUAGAUUUAAAUAGAGUAAUAAACACCAGCUAAA